AUGUCAUUUGACGAUUUGACGGACAACACGAGGUCCGUCCGGAACAUCCCGGGGGCUAAGUUCAUAGAACACGUCACAGAAUUUCUGCAAAACAAAAAUGAGGAAACGGUUCUUCGCCUAGCCAAGGAGCUCCUAUUGAAAUACAAAUUCAUGGAGCACACUUUUGUAACUAGACAGAUCAACACGGAGAAGAAAAUCCCCGAAUUAAAAGAUGCCCUAAAAGUAGUAAACGCCCUUUACAAAAGAAAGGAAAUGAACGAGAGCAAAAACUUGGAGCUGUAUUUUCCCUUGGAGGAAUCCCUGUACGCCAGGGGAGUUAUCGACAAAACGGAUCACAUUUUACUUUGGUUGGGGGCCAACGUGAUGGUUGAAUUCCCCUUUAAAGAGGCAGUGGAGCUAUUGAAUCACCACUUGGAUAGGGCAAUCAAUCUAUACGACGAAAUGGACAAAGAGCUUCAGUGGCUGCACGAACAAAUAUCCACCACAGAAAUUAACAUAUCGAGAAUUCACAAUUAUGUGGAGAUGAAAAAAAAAAACAAAGAAAAGGACGUUGUUGAAGCUCAGGGCUAA